CGCAUACAAAAUUAAAAGUGAAGUUAAAAUAUUGUCCAAUGUUAGCUUCAAUUUCAUUACGAAAUUUGUCUUCAAACAUGUAACUGUUUUCCUGCUAUGGAAAAGCAUUAGUCGAUAGUAGCCUACUCACAUAAACGACCUCUCCAAAAGCCUGCUCCAAACCAACUGCAAAAUUGCAGAGGAUGUCGCAAUCUCGAGUACCUAUUUCAAGGGGGUUUCAACUAGUUACCACAGCCACAAAGUGAAAAUUGUCUGUGAUCAUACAAAUGAAUGAAAACAAAAAAAAAUUGCUUUUUGGUCUUAAUUUAAGAUUAGGGAUAGACAUAAUGUUAGCAGUGUGGUUAAGUUUAGGUUUAAAAUCACAUUUUGAGAAGGGAAAUAGGCGAGGUCUAAGACGUUGUGGCUGUAGUAACUAGUGGUACCUAUUUGUCUGCAGAUACAGAAAGUGAAAGUUGUCUAGACUAUAUGUCUCUUAUUUUCACCAGUUAAAUAAGAUAUGGAACUGACGCAUCCGACUUUGAAUUUAAAAAAAAAGAAUAAUAAUUGUUUUAAUGGCGUUAUUGAGCCAAUGAACUGUCUUGUUCUAGAUAGGAAUAGUGAUUCGUUCUAGUGCAAGUUGGAACAAGGAAACUCGGGUAUGGUCGACUUGCUAACUGGUUGUAGUUCUACGUGUUGGCUAUUAACAUAUCGCGUUCAAACCGUUAGCAAGUCGAACUUUUCUGAGUUCCUAGUACCUACCAGCACAUGAACGCGGUAUAUGUCAGGUCAUGUUUCACUGCAGCAGAGAAUUUUUCGGGGGGGAAACGUCGUGCUUUCCCGGAAGCUUAAUUGUUAACGUAAGAGCAACACUUUCAGUUUCAAUAUCACAACCGAUCUCUUUUGCCGUGCAAACGCGGACGACAGACUGAACAACAACCUCACUGUACGGUACAGUGUUGCCGAGCCCCUCUGUAUCCAGCAGCACCAGGGUGUGGUCUCUUUUUUCAGGCCAGCUUGUUCAUGAGGUAGGACUUGCCGGUGCGGUACAGCCCGACCACCGACACCACUACGACUUUCUGGUUCAGUCCCAUCAGGUACUUGAUGGCACCAGGAACUACAUGAAGCUCGCCAUCGGCGUUUUCGACCAGACACAUUGGGGAAUCCAUGGUCAAGUGGCUUCACAGGAUGAUUAGCCUACAGCCCCCAGAAAUAUUCAAUCUUUAAUACAAUUAUGAAUUAAAUAUAGUUCAGGUGAAUUAUGUGAAUAUUAUAUAGAUUAGGACUACCCCGAAGGUUAUGUAAAAAAUAUUAUUAAGAUCUGCAUAAUUAAACAGCUGAGCCAUACGCAUACAAAAUUAAAAGUGAAGUUAAAAUAUUGUCCAAUGUUAGCUUCAAUUUCAUUACGAAAUUUGUCUUCAAACAUGUAACUGUUUUCCUGCUAUGGAAAAGCAUUAGUCGAUAGUAGCCUACUCACAUAAACGACCUCUCCAAAAGCCUGCUCCAAACCAACUGCAAAAUUGCAGAGGAUGUCGCAAUCUCGAGUACCUAUUUCAAGGGGGUUUCAACUAGUUACCACAGCCACAAAGUGAAAAUUGUCUGUGAUCAUACAAAUGAAUGAAAACAAAAAAAAAUUGCUUUUUGGUCUUAAUUUAAGAUUAGGGAUAGACAUAAUGUUAGCAGUGUGGUUAAGUUUAGGUUUAAAAUCACAUUUUGAGAAGGGAAAUAGGCGAGGUCUAAGACGUUGUGGCUGUAGUAACUAGUGGUACCUAUUUGUCUGCAGAUACAGAAAGUGAAAGUUGUCUAGACUAUAUGUCUCUUAUUUUCACCAGUUAAAUAAGAUAUGGAACUGACGCAUCCGACUUUGAAUUUAAAAAAAAAGAAUAAUAAUUGUUUUAAUGGCGUUAUUGAGCCAAUGAACUGUCUUGUUCUAGAUAGGAAUAGUGAUUCGUUCUAGUGCAGGUUGGAACAAGGAAACUCGGGUAUGGUCGACUUGCUAACUGGUUGUAGUUCUACGUGUUGGCUAUUAACAUAUCGCGUUCAAACCGUUAGCAAGUCGAACUUUUCUGAGUUCCUAGUACCUACCAGCACAUGAACGCGGUAUAUGUCAGGUCAUGUUUCACUGCAGCAGAGAAUUUUUCGGGGGGGAAACGUCGUGCUUUCCCGGAAGCUUAAUUGUUAACGUAAGAGCAACACUUUCAGUUUCAAUAUCACAACCGAUCUCUUUUGCCGUGCAAACGCGGACGACAGACUGAACAACAACCUCACUGUACGGUACAGUGUUGCCGAGGUCAGCAUCAUGUCAGGCCAGACAGUAUCCAUGAAAGAACCAGUAUGUCUGAUAGAGAACGACAGUGAUGGGAAGCUGCGUGUGGUCCGCAGCGCACUGGACAUCCUGGACAAGAUUGACCAGCAUGUGGUAGUGGUGUCGGUGGUCGGGCUGUACCGCACCGGCAAGUCCUACCUCAUGAACAAGCUGGCUGGGGAGAGGAAAGGUUUUGCCCUGGGAGCCACCAUCCAGUCCAAAACUAAGGGCAUCUGGAUGUGGUGUGUGCCUCACCCUGAAAAAAGAGACCACACCCUGGUGCUGCUGGAUACAGAGGGUCUGGGGGACGUGGAGAAGGGUGAUGAGAAGAAUGACAACUGGAUCUUUUCCCUGGCUGUCCUGCUCAGCAGUACUCUGGUGUACAACAGCCUGGGAACCAUCGACAACAACGCCCUGGAGAAACUACACUAUGUGACAGAACUGACAGAGCACAUCAAGGUGAAGUCCAACCAGCGAGACGGGGAGGAAUCUUCAGAGUACCUGCGUUACUUUCCUUCCUUUGUGUGGACAGUCAGAGAUUUCACCCUGACCCUGGAGGUUGAUGGGAGACCCAUCACAGCCAAUGAGUACCUGGAGAACGCUCUUAAACUGAGAACAGGUCAUAGUAAGAAAGAUCAGGCAUACAAUCUGCCUCGUAGCUGCCUGCGGAACUAUUUCUCUCCUCGCUGGUGCUUUGUGUUUGAGAGGCCAGCCAGCGGAGACAAAAUGAGACGUAUGGAGGAGCUGACCGACGCUGACCUGGAGCCUGCCUUUGUGGAGCAAGCCAAGGAGUUCUGUGACCACGUCUUCAAGGAGGCCAAGACCAAGACCCUGAAACAGGGCCUGAAAGUUACCGGCAGACUGCUGGGAAACCUGGCAGAGACGUAUGUGUCUGCCAUCCGGAGCGGGCAGAUCCCCUGCCUGGACAAUGCUGUGUUGGCUCUGGCCCAAAUUGAGAACUCCAGUGCCAUCGAGAGGGCCAGGGCCCACUACCAAAAGGGCAUGGCUGACUGGGUAGCCUACCCCACAGAGACCCAAGAGGAGCUGUCUGAAGUGCAUGCUGUCAUGGAGAAGGAGGCUGUGGCCAUAUUCAUCAACAACUCCUUCAAAGACGAGGACCAGAAGUACCAGUUGGAGCUCAUGAAAGUGCUUCAAGAGGAGUAUGAGAAGAUCUGUGAGAGGAACUACAAGGAGUCCCAGAAGGCAUGCGAGUCCAAAAUCGAAUGCAUCUUUGCCCCCUUGGAGGAGAAAAUAAGGGAUGGCUCCUACAUGACCCCUGGAGGAUACAAAGAGUACUGCAACGACCUGAAACUGGCCACCAGCGAAUACAGAUCUGAGGGAGGCAGGGGAGUGAAGGCUGAAGAGGUACUGAAGGAGUACUUGGAAAGGAAGGCCAUCAUUGGUCAGACCAUCCUGUCAGCAGACCAGUCCCUCACUGAAGCUGAGCAGAGAGCAGAAGCGGAGCAAGCGAAAAGGGAGGCAUCUGAGCGGGAGAAUCGAGCCAUGGAGGAGCAGCUGGUUGUCCAGGAGAGGUUGAGAGCGGACCAGCAGAGGACGUAUGAGGAGAAUGUGAACCAGCUGAUGGAGAGGAUGGAGAGAGACAGUAGAAAUGCCGUGGCAGAGCACGAUAGAGUUCUGCAGGCCAGACUUAAGGAGCAGAAUGACCUUCUCCAACAAGGGUUUGAUGACAGAGCACACCAAAUGCAAAGAGAGAUAGAUGCGCUUAAGGGUGCGAAGGCACAAGAGGAAGAGAAAAAACCCUCAUUUAUGAGCACAGCUCUGGAUACUGUUGGGACUGCAGCUACCUUGUUCCUUCCAGGAAUACUUCCCAAAGUAGGAGGAAUGGCUGUGAAAUGGCUGUCUAAGUGGUUCUGAUGUAGGUUCCCGAGGAGGAUGAUGAGCUAUUAUUCUUAUAGACAUAUGGAUUGACUGAAUGUGUAUUUAUUGGUAGUUGAUUCAUGGAUUUAGAUUAAGCACUCAGUCAAGGUUUUAUUUGAUGUUAUUUUUUUUUGUACGUCAUUUGAAUAAAUAAUUAGCAUGCCUAAUCAUAAUGAAGUAGAAUUUUUAGAAAGCACUCUUAAAAAUGGUUUUGCAUUUGUUUUACUAUUACCAAAUAGGCCUACUUCUUUUUAACACUGACGACAUUUACAUGCAGACCAAUAUCCUGUUAUUAUUCGGGAUACUCAAGUACUCUGUUUUUGAGUUGAUGCAUAUAAACGUCAUAUUCCAUUUACAAUAACCCGAAAAAGCUUGUAUCCCGGUUAUGAGAAUCCCGUAUAAGAUGCCUGGGAUAUGCUGAUCUUAGACGGUAAACUGUGGCAUGUAAAUGUCCUAUUCCGUUUACUGUUUUCCACGGUCUGCACAGGCUCAAUUUCACAUAUCAUUGGUGUUGUGUGAUGAUGUUUUCAUCUGAUUGUCAAACAAAUCACUUUAAAAAGUAGGCUAAAAGCACAUUUCGAUCCACCAUGAUAAUUUAUUUUGCUGAUACUCCGUACUGGACCAUAUAGCCUACUGGCUACUUUCACCCCUAAUUUAGACACGUUUUAUCUAUAAUUUUCGAGAUUUGGUAGGCCAUAUUAUAAUUUCUGAGAUUUGGUUGGUCAUUUGUUUAUCAACUAUAGUUAGAUACAUGCAGCUUCUCGUCUGUCAUGACUAAAUAUUGUAGUGCUCACCAGAAUAAUGUCUUACAUAGAUAGCAUGAAGGCAUUAUUAAUGUAGUUAACACCGGUAUAGUUGUCUGUUUUGUUUAGGAACCAGGGAGAAAACGCAGUAACUCCAAAACAGUGGAACUAUUGGUCCUGUGCAAAAUGUCCAAAUGUCAUCAGUUGACUGGUUUUAAGGAAAUACAAAUUUGAGAACUAUAAAACAUGUUUCUGAUAAGACUUUACUUCGUCUUGGGUGAAUAUUUGAUGUCUUUGAAAUACUGGCUGGUUGCAGAAUAGUGUCAUAACAACGCAUUCACAUUUUCUCAAGAGAUGCUGAAAUAAAUAUUUCUCCACUCCUGUUCCCAAGACAAAACUAACAUUUAUUGUAUCAUUUUACUGCAAGAAAUGCAUAAUUCAGUAGGAGUUAAUAUUAUAUUACACUACAUGUGAGUGGUUAUAGGCCUAGAGUCAGUAUCCUUAUUUUCAGUUACUAUUCCAUUUAACCCAUUUGAAUUUAAAUUAGGAAUAUUCUGUUUA